AUGACGACCGCUCAGGUGCCUCCUGAUUUUGCGAGCGGUCACGUCCGGCUGGGCUCGAAGAACGGCGCUGCCAACGGCGGUGCCAACGGGGGCUCCAGCCACGAUGCGGACACGCCAAAGUUCCUUCCCCCGAACAUGACGCAGGCGUCAUUUGCAAAGUUUGCCAAGAAGGUCAUCGACGUGGUUGGCGAUGAAAACUUCCAAGUAAUCACGCCUUCGAUGGAUCUGGAAGGCUACGAAGAUGACGACUUUGGCCGCAACUGCCGGACGCACGACUACUACCAAUCUUUCGAUGAUGAACAGGAGCUGGUUGGAUCUGCAAUCUGCCAUCCUCGAAGUGUCCAAGAUAUCCAAGCAAUCCUCGCGGCGGCAAAUGAGCACAAGAUGCCCCUUUGGCCCAUCAGCACUGGCAGGAACCUUGCUUAUGGAGGAUCUGCACCAAGAGUCGCCGGCUCACUCGUCAUGGUUUUGAGCACGCACAUGAACCGCAUUCUUCACGUUGAUACCACCGCGUGCGUAUGCAUUGUUGAGCCUGGUGUGACGUUCAUGCAAAUGAGCGAUUACCUCAAGGAGCACAAUUUGAUCGACAGGAUCCGUGUCGACUCGUCUGGACUCGGAUGGGGCUCUAUGAUUGGCAAUGCCCUAGACCGCGGAGGAGGAGCGUCUUUGUACGGUGAUCGCUGGGGGAAGCACAGCGGUAUGGAGGUGGUUAUGCCCAACGGCGAAGUCGUCAGAAUGGGCAUGGGUGCCGUUCAGCACCCCGAGGGUCGCAAACAGGCCGCCGAAGGCGUUCACCCAGCUGACCAGAAGCUGAAUGAGUGUUUCGCGCUUUUCCCGUACGGCUGGGGCCCGAUGAACGAUGGUCUCUUCUCGCAGGGUAACAGUGGCAUUGUUACGAAGAUGGGCUUCUGGUUGAUGCCGGCGCCCCAAGGAAUGACUCCUUUCUCCAUCACCUUCGAAAAGGAGUCCGAUCUCAAGGCAUUGGUCGAUUGCAUUCAGCCUCUCGACUUGAACGGCACCUUGCAAAGCUCAGUCAGUCUGCGCAACCUUACCCUUGAAGCCGCCCACUACGGCCCUCGUUCCAGUUACACCAACGCCUCUCACAAAGAGGUCAUUCCCGAGGAGGACUUCGAGAAGAUGGCCAAGAAGCUCAACACCGGCCGCUGGCGUUACAUUGGCGCCGUCUUUGGUUCCGACAAGGUCCGCGAGGCACUCAUUGAAGACAUCAAGCGCGAGAUGACCAAGGUCCCUGGUAGCAAGUGGGCCACUCUCGAGGAAAACCCCGACGAGCAGAAUCUUGUCCAUGUUCGUGCGACGUAUCUGAAAGGCAUCUCGUCCAUGGGCGAGUUUGCCUGGAUGAAGCAAUGGCUUCCGAAUUGCUCUGUUAUCAUGGUAGCCGCCAUCUCUAGACUGGAGGGCAGCGCCGUCUGGGACCAGUACUCCCGGGCCAAGGAAUUAUUUGCCAAGGCUGGCAUUGACUACAUCAGCCAUUACGUGGCUUACUUCCGUACAAUGCAUAACGUGUGCAUCAUUCCCUAUGACCGCAAGGACAAGGAUAUGCGGGGUCGCGCACGGUGGUUGGCUCGUACUCUGUUGAAGGAGUGGAAGGCGAACGGCUGGAGCGUGUUCCGAACUCACGUCGGGCUCAUGGACCAAGUCGCCGAUACAUUCGACUUCAACAAUGGUGCGUUGUGGAAGAUGCAUGAGCAGAUCCAUGAUAACCUGGACCCCAACGGCAUCCUAGCCCCUGGAAGAGGUGGUGUUUGGCCCAAGUCCUACAAUAAGGACGAGUUCGUGAUGGGAAAGGAGUACAUUGGCUAG